ACUAAAGGAGACGGGUAGCAGCAACGGGACAGAAUGGUAGUGCCACUGCUUCUGGGUGUUAGUUGGGUGGUCUAACUCGUCGGGAGCAGGAGACAAAGCGCUCGCCGGCAUCAAGUCUCACCUUUACAGGUGGGAAACUAACAAUAGUGACUGAAUCGGUGGAAUUCGGCCCCGACUUCUGGAAAACAGCUGAGUACUCCAAGAACCCCACAUACCUUACUGAUGUCGAUGGUGAGGGGCAAUUACAUGAGGAGUGUCCCCAUCCGCCGCCUGCGUCAUCCCCUUGAAGAAAGCCCACUUUGGGGGGUUCUGGGAAGUGUCUUUGCUGGAGUCCUGGCACUUGUAGUGGGUCUUCCAGUACUUCUUGCAAUAUGCAUCUUGAUACCUUUCUGCCUGCUUGGUCGAUGGCUACUGCUUAUCAUCUUCUGGAACCAACAGACAUCUGCAGCUACACAAGGUGGUGCACCUGAAUCUGUAAGGGGAAAUGACGGUCGGUGGCUUGGUUCAGCGUGGCGAUACUCCGUCAUACAUGCAGUGCUGAUAUUUGAAGCAGGAGCAGGCUUAGAUGUUUCUCAUCUCCAGAACCUUCUUCUGACAAGAGUAGUCCCUCUCUACCCUCGGCUCACAAGACGACCUGUCCCACUGCCGUUGUCUGCAGGAGCAGGUCACUGCUGGCUGCCAGACUCGCACUUCUGCAUUGAUCGUCAUGUGUUUGCGGGCCCAUCUAAGCUGACUACAGAGAAGCACCUACAGGACUAUGUAGGAUACCUCCUAGGAGAAGGACUUUCUAAUGACAAACCUCCAUGGGAACUGCACGUUCUGCAGAGUGUUGGCUGUCAUCAGGACACAGUCGUAGUGCUCCGUGUGCAUCAAAGUGUUGCAGAUGGCAUGGCUCUUGUUCGUGUCCUAUGCCAUUCCCUUGCUGACUGCCAGGUGCUACAUGUUCCUCAGAGGCCACAUUUUGGUGCACUGGCAUUCACCCUUAACAUAUUUCGAGCCUGUCUUGUUGGGCCACUCACUCUCCUCUUCUGGCUUCUGCUCACAACUGAGGACUGUAAUGCACUGACCCAACGUAAGGGUUGGGCUGGCCAAGUCUCUGUCACUUGGUCAGCUGCCAUCACACUCCCAAAAGUGAAUCGCAUUAAGCAGGUCACCAGGUCCACAGUAAAUUGUGUGUUGCUGUCAGCUCUAGCAGGAGCCAUUAGGAGGCUACUACAAGGCUGCGGAGUCAAACAGCCACCAGACUUGAAGAUUGUGUUACCAGUUGAUCUACGAGCUGAUGUGACAUCUCCUCAUCAGAGUUCUCGUUUAGGGAGUAAGGUGGCACCCGUCGUGGUAGGUUUGCCAGUCGGUGUUGAAGGCGCAGUGCCUCGGCUCUGGGCCAUGAGAAGAAAUCUUGAUUCUCUCAGAACAUCUGCAGAUCCAGUGGUAGUGUAUGUAGCCACUGCUGCUCUAAUGGCUUCUGUUCCAGGCAAGGUGGCUAGAGAAGUGCUUUCAUCUCUCACUGGCAAAGCUACUUUGCAGUUUAGCUCAUUACCGGGACCAACAUCCACACUACUGGUUGGUGGACAUCCUCUUAAGGGAGUGUAUCCACUGUUGCCAGCACAGAACAGUUUGGGGCUUGCAGUGUCAGUCUUCACAUAUGCUGACCAGGUGUAUGUGGCCAUCAUAUCAGACAGUACCCUUGGUCCAGCUGCCAGCACACUGCUACAUCAUCUUCACUGUCAAAUUGAACUGCUAUGGCAAUUACUUCUGCACAGACGUGUACCAGGAGAAUCUAGAUCCCAUGUUGUUCUCCGGCGAACUGGUGUUACAGGCUCGCCUGUACGAGAGUUACGCCUUCGAUUAACAUGUGUCCAGGAAGAAGUACAGCGUCUUCAAACAUGCCAAAGCCCUAGCCAGCAGCAAAAUGGUCAAAGUUCAGAAUCAUCAGAAACAGAACAGCAGGAUGCAACACAUCUUCAGAAUCUCAAAACUGAGUUCUCAGAAUUACUGUCUGAGUUGCACAGACGGAACUCAGCAGCAGUUGGAGGCAACUCACCUCUCUUUGAAGAUGAAGAGGUAGGAGGCGAGUUAUGGCGUCCAAGGCGUAGAGCCAUGUCCUGCUCUUCGUCCCGUCAUUCCAGUCGUUCAUUAGUGGGACUUCUGUCAACUGCAAGACCUGCCAGUUUUAUAGAAUCAUAUUCUGGUAGAAGUCCGACAAAUCCUUCCAGCCCUAUUGCAUACAGACCUACAACAAGUGAACACAUUCUCCCGGGCUCCACUAGGCCUGCCAGCUACACAGACCCACAUUCAAAUUCAAGUCCUAUUGGUCAAGCUGUUCCUCUUUUGUGCAGAGCUGCAGCAAGUGAAUGUACAUUGCCAGGUACUGUCGGUUCAAUCAGCCCUGAAGAACUCCUUUGCAAUAAAGACAACCCAGUGAGCCAAAUCAAACACGUACCACCAACAGUCAGCCAUCUACUGCAUCACUCCACUUUCUGUAGUGAAAAUAUUACAGUUAUUUCAGAACAUCCAUCAGAAGUAAGAAACUGUGAGGACAACAUGUCAACGUUAUCUGUCAGUACAGUCAAGUCUUGCAUUAAACUAAACUCUUCAAAUAUUGAUACUACAAGUACUGUGCUUCAAAAUAAAUACCUUGGUAAUGAUAGAGGAAUUGAGAACUGUGAAGCAGCUACUGAAAUUGAAGAUAUUACUAGCAGCAGAGGAGCUGAAAUAGACGUACAUAUAUCUUCAUAUAUUUCUCCAAAUUUAUCCAAUUCAGAUGGCACAACUAUUAUAGAAAUUGCUCAGAACCCUUUAACAUCUCAUAAUGUUAGUCAAACUUCUGGUGUCAAAUCUUCAAUAGAACUAAACAUAUUAAGUAAUGAUGAUAUGUCUUAUUCCACAUAUCUUACCAGGAAUCAGGAUAAACUAAGCUCUAAUAAAUCAAUCAUUGUUACUUAUCCACAGUAUUCUCCAACAAUAUCACCAGAACAUAAUACUGUGAAAUAUUUAAAAGAUUCUAUGAAGUCCAUACAAUCAAAUGGUGCACAAUCCAUGCCAACUGCCAAUGAUAAGAACAACAAAGGCAAUACAGUAAUAGAUAUACAAGAACAACAAUCCUGUUCAGACAAUACUUUUGCUCAACAUGUAUCCUGCAAUGAAUCGAAUGCCAUAAGAGUGAUAAAAUCUAAAUACCCUAGAUCAGCUACACUGAAGGGACAAAUAGAUGACAAAGAUAAAAACAGUUUAGUCAGUGAUACUGUACAUUCAACUGAUCUGACAUGCAAUAUAAGUCCCUUAACAGAUACUAAUGUACAAUAUUCACCUCCAUGCCUACACGUCAAAACAGAAAACAUCCAAAAUCAAGAACCAUGUUCAGCUGAUGCUACCAUAGGUCAAACUGUAAUUGAUUCUAAUAUCAGCACAAUCAGAUAUCUCAACACAGACAUAUAUAUGCAUUUGCACAAAGCAAAUAUACUUCAUGGUCAAGUAAAUGUUGAAAGUAACAGCCAGAAAGAAGUGAGACAUCCCACCCUAAACAAAACAAUGAAUUCUGCAUCAGUAUCAAACACAUUUCACCAUUCACGAAACACGGGAAAACCAUACAUUCACAACAACCAAGACUGUGUAGCCACAUUAGCCAGACCUUAUAGACAAAACUGUGAAACUCCCCAGAAUUCUGUUACAAUAGAUCACUGUAGGAGUGAAGAAGUCCCUGAUGCUGAAACGUGUUCAGUUACUCCUGCUUUGACAAUUCAGACCGAUACCGUACAAAGCUCGAGUGUUUUGGAAUCAGUAUGCAGUCCAUUGACUCCAAUAAGCAAUUCAACAGCAACUGGAGAACAGACAACUGGCUAUCAAAUAAUGGAAUCAUCUGAUACAAGUUUAACAUUGUCGCUGGUUACUUCAGAAUCUACACAUAGCUCCAUAAGCAUUACAUCCAUAUCAUCUGGAAAUACUAUGAAUUCUUCCAGCACAUUUCCUCCAAGUGCAGCUGGAAGUCCAGUACAUUCAGACUACACAAACAAAAAAGAUUAAUCAAAGAUCAGUGAAACAAAAAUAUAUUUAUUUACUUACAUUCAUAUAAAAUUUGUAUAUAUUCCAAAGUAACACGGUUCAAAUGGAAAUCUUUUCAAAAUCUUCCUAAAAUGUUUCCAAUUUAUGUGAGUUGUCUGAGCUGUAGUGGGAGCUACAGUUAUGAAUAAAAUAUUUCUGUUAUACCAGUUCUGAAACUAAUAAUGAUUAUGGGAUUAGAGUAAUAAAUUUGCCACAUCAAUAAAACCAAACUAUCAAGAGUGCAAUGUCUCCACAUCGCUUGGGCUUGAGAAAAUAGAGAUAAUAAAAAAAUUUCAGCCGGACAGAAUCUAACUUAGAUUUACAUUGAACUUACACAUUUAACUGACUGCGUAUUUAGUCACAAAUGUGAUUGGAAGUUUUUCAGGUGUAUGACUCAAUAUAAGAAAGUGUUUGCACAUUCAUAAUAGAGUACCAUAUUACUGUAGAGCAGAACAAUACAAAGAAGAAUACAAAUAAAAGACUACACUAAAAUGCACUACAGACGAUGCAGUAUUACAAAUUAAUAAGCUACAAUAUCACUGAAAAAGCAAGAAACUAAGCUUGUGAAGUAAUUAUAAUUAUGGAUUUGAAACAUUUUUCAACUAUCUGAAACAUAAGAGGAAGGAAGUAAAUGAUUGUCAAUAUACAUGGCUUCCCACGCACUGCAUAAUUUAUAUGUUGUUGUUAACACUAGCACAACUGAUUUAAAGAUUUUUUAAUGAAGAGUAAAUUUGUGUUAAAUUCACAAUCUUGUAUUUUCUGUUAGUUACAUCCAUAUACUAUAUAAAUUAUCUUGGAGAGAAUAGAUGGGAAAUUUUUAAAUGUUAAUUUAACAUCUACCAUUUCAAAUCUGGAGAGUAUGGCUCAACACUUGAAUAAAACUCCUGAUAUGUCAUUUUGUCUAUACCAGUAAUCAAUAUUAACAUUAAGCCUUUGACAAGGACAAUCUUACUGUCUAUCUAAGAUGGCUGUCUUUAAAGAUACUAAGUAGUUUAUCAUCUUAUCUGUGAUUAAUGUUCAAACUAUCUAUAAAAAAAUUAUUUACCUCUAUGUACAUAACUGUUAAAGAGGUUCAUAAAUUUGUGUGGUGUACACAUUUAUUACCAGUAUGACUGUGUUAGUUUAACUAAUACAGAAAACAGUCAUGAAAAAUGUCUGAUUACCUACUAGAGUAAUUUCUCUGGAAUUACAAAAAACAAAGUAAAGCAUUUCUUCAAAUACAA